AUGACUAGCGAGCAUCUGUUUGUUUCUCUAACGACUAAUCCUUCAACAAAUGACGAUUCAAGUCCUGUCGUUGCUAAAGUGUCGUUCAAGGCACCACCAUUUUGGAAACAGAAUCCCAAAUUAUAUUUUGCACAGAUUGAAAGCCAGUUCGCCAUUGCUAGAAUUACAAAAGACAAAACCAAGUACCAUCAUGUUGUAGCUGCCAUUGAAACAGAUGUGAUAGCACAAGUCAGUGACAUAAUUUUGAACCCACCUGAGAAACUAAUGUAUGAAGUUUUAAAGGAGCGCCUGAUUGAGCAAUUUGCAGAUUCAGAGACUCACCGGCUUAAAUUGCUUCUACAAGAGCUGCAACUUGGGGACGAUCGUCUGACUCAACUCCUGUGCAAGAUGCGAGACCUCUCUUCUAAGGUACCAGAAGACCUUCUGAAAAAUUUAUGGUUACAACGCUUGCCCACAGCUGUACAGCAAAUCCUAGCUGUCAGCACCGGUGAUUUAGAUGCUCUUGCAAAGGUGGUAGACAAGGUCUUGGAAGUUACUGACUCGCCAUCCAUCCACUUGGUCGAAGGCCCGAAUAGCGGAUGCAAGGACUGCCACACACUUCGAAGGCAAAUCGAAGAGCUCUCUAAAUCGGUCAAAGAUCUCCAGGAUACCAGAACAAAAUGGAGAAGACAAUCCCGAAGUCCAGCUCGUGGAAGAUUUUCGAGAAGCCAUUCUAGUUCACGAAGAUUCGACCCCAGUGCUGGAAUUUGUUGGUUUCAUCAUAAAUUUGGAAGCACGGCCAGAAAUUGCAAUAAACCUUGCAAUUACAAUCAGGAAAACUAG